CCCCUCGGUUUCUCGCCAUGGCCCCUGCACUGCUUCUGGUCCCUGCUGCCCUCGCCUCUUUCAUCCUGGCCUUUGGCACUGGAGUGGAGUUCGUGCGCUUCACCUCCCUUCGGCCACUUCUUGGAGGGAUCCCGGAGUCUGGUGGUCCGGAUGCCCGCCAAGGAUGGCUGGCUGCCCUGCAGGACCACAGCAUCCUUGCCUCCCUGGCUUGGGAUCUGGGGCUCCUGCUACUAUUUGUGGGGCAGCACAGCCUCAUGGCAACUGAGACAGUGAAGGCGUGGAUGUCCCGGUACUUUGGGGUCCUUCAGAGGUCACUGUAUGUGGCAUGCACUGCCCUGGCCUUGCAGCUGGUGAUGCGGUACUGGGAACCUGUACCCAGAGGCCCCGUGUUGUGGGAGGCUCGGGCUGAGCCAUGGGCCACCUGGGUGCCCCUCCUCUGCUUUGUGCUCCACGUCAUCUCCUGGCUCCUCAUCUUCAGCAUCCUUCUCGUCUUUGACUACGCUGAGCUCAUGGGCCUCAAACAGGUGUACUACCAUGUGCUGGGGCUGGGCGAGCCUCUGGCCCUGAAGUCUCCCCGGGCUCUGAGACUCUUCUCCCACCUGCGUCACCCAGUGUGCGUGGAGCUGCUGACAGUUCUGUGGGUGGUCCCCACCCUGGGCACUGACCGCCUCCUCCUUGCUCUCCUCCUUACCGUCUACCUGGGCUUGGCUCACGGACUUGACCAGCAAGACCUCCACUACCUCCGGGCCCAGCUGCAAAGAAAACUCCGCUUGCUCUCCCGGCCCCAGGAUGCGGAGGCCGAAUGAGGAGCUAACCCUGGUUCCAAGCCCUGUAUUUCCUCUCCCUGUGGAAUUCCAAAUCCCUUAACAUCCAGGCCCUGGCUGCUUCAGACCAGAGGCCCAAAUCUAUGAACUGAAAGGGGCUGUCCCUUCCUCUGGUUAAGACUCCACUCCCUGAGUCCCGCUCCAUACCCUAAAUUCUGAGUUUCCGCCACUGGACUCCAAGGUCCAUUUCUCACCAGCCAGGAAGAAGGGUUAGGAAACUUACCUGUCUCCUCACAGUUUAGGUCUUAAACCACCCCCCUGCCUCCCGCCCCCCCUUAACAACCUCCUCACAAGGAGAAGGGUCUGGCCUGACCAGUCCCCUGGCACUAUUACUGCCUCUGCGCCUCAGGGAUCCCCUUAUCCACGUCUUGCUUCCCUAGGAGCUCGACCCGGGUCUGCAAGUUUGAUGGUGGUGUCCGCCCCUUCAGGCUCCAUGCCUUGCAUCUCAGGGCGGCCCCACUGGGUGGCUUCUCCACCUCCUUAGGCCCCGCCUCUGGGCUCCGUCCUCAACCUAGUUGAGGAUGCUCCCCCUCUUAAUUCGGGUGACUAAGGGCUCCCUGUUCUCCAGAGGAACACGCGCUUCAGGAAAAUAAAAUUGAGCCUGGUUUUUCUCCA